UCCGCUCGAUCAAAACAAAAAUGGAUCUCUGAUUAUCCCAAGCCCGCCUGAUAUUUUACCGAGGGCAGAGAAAAUGGUCUCAAUUUAAAUCUCAGCACAUCGGCCGCAGCGAUGGGGAAAGUGGAGAGUUUUACAAUACUCUAUGACCGCGCUGUUGACAACACAGUCCCUACCUACACCGGCGGGGAAUGGGUCUCUGGCCGAAUUGUUGUGCAGGUUAAUGCUCAGAUCGAGGUGAAAGCUCUUAAAAUUCACGCCAAAGGACAAGCUUAUGUUCACUGGACGGAGAGACACACAUCGGGUUCCAAUUCCAAUACUCGACGCUACUCUCAGCAGAUCAGAUACUUCGAGCACAAGUACCUACUAAUCGGAGUCGAUGGUUCUGAACAAGUUACCAUUAUACCUCCAGGCAGACAUGAAUAUCCAUUCAGCCUUGUGCUUCCACAAACAUCACCACUUCCUGCCUCCUUCAACGGUGCUUAUGGCAAUGUGAGCUAUUGGAUGACAGCCAAAUUGCACAGGCCAUGGAAACUGAGAAUAAAAGUGAAAGAAAUAUUUACAGUAUGUGACCAAAUUGACAUUAAUGCUCCUUUACUGUUGUCACCACAGGUAGCUACAAAAGAGAAAACUAUUUGUUGCUGCUGCUGUGCCUCAGGCCCGAUAUCCCUAAGUGCCAAAAUUGAACGGAAGGGCUACACAUCAGGUGAAUCGAUUCGAAUAUUUGCUGAAAUUGAGAAUCAUUCUUCCCGCAAUGUGGUGCCAAAGGCAGCCAUUUAUAAAACAUGCACCUUCCAUGCCGAAGGAAAACGAAAAAAGACUUCAGAACUUGUAACCAAAUUGGAGGGAGAGCCGGUGUUGGGUGGCAAAACAGAAAGUUGGAAUGGAAUGGAACUGAAAAUUCCACCUGUGCCUCCCACACUGAUGAACUGCAGCAUUAUCCAGAUGGAAUACUCACUGAUGGUAUACCUAGAGAUCGCAGGCUCAAUGAAUUUAACUGUUAAUUUACCAAUUAUUAUUGGUACAAUUCCCUUGCAUUCCUUCAACAGCCAGGCUACCAACUUUAACAGCCAGUAUGGCAUGAACUACAACAGCUUAAGUGACACACUACCUGAAGGGAAAUCUGACUUUUUAUUCACCAACCAGAACCUGGGCUUCCAGACAUAGGGGAUGAAAAGCCGUAAGAGGACCAAUGGAUUGAGGUUUACAUUUGUCCUCUGGUUGGGUGGGUGGGGGAUUGUGAUGUCUACUUUGGCUUGCUCCUGAGGCAUCUGACAUAAUUCAAGUCCAUUCCAAAAACCUACUUAAUUUAGAACAGGACACAGCAACCAUUGUAUUAUGUUUCUUCUGUACGAUCAAGUAAUGACAAUUGUUAAUUUAAUUACUGUAAUUGAAACAACCUACAAGAUAUUUGCGUGAAUACCAACUCAGCUAUCGCAUGAACAAUUUUGUCUUGUUUUGUAAUGUGCUGAUUCCGUUCUCUAGAGAAUAUUUUCAGAGCCUUUCCCCAAAGAAGUUUUCAUUUCAGCAGUUAAUUAUGCCUCAUAUGCAUACAUCUGCAUUGUCAUAUCAUUAGUUGACAUCUUUACAUGUAUGUACAUAUGUAUUGGCACUAUAUUUGUGGGGAUUUCUUUCAAACUUAAUUUUUGCUAAAAAGGUUGAUUUUUAUGCUAAAUUUAAAGAAAAGACUAAAAUUUUUCCUGUUUUUAUCUUCCUGAAUGAAAAAAGCAUUAUGUUAAUGAUGCCAGCACAUGGAUUCCAUGCUUUUUCUGCUGCGCUAAUUGAUGUUGAAAUGUGAAGAAUUAAGCACCUCCACUUUUCAGCAGAAACAAGACAGCAAAUUGGCGUUUUUUCCACGGGAACCAGGAUUUAAAUUUCAUAGAAUAAUGUGUGCUAUUUAAGUGCUUCUGCUAAAUAACUGAAUUAUUUUCUUUGCAAACCUUUAUUCAUGAAGUCGCAACUCUGUGACAUGGGAUUGCUCGAAAUAAUUUCCACUCAGCUAGCAUUAUUUCACCAGAAGUGCAACACAAAGCCCCAUUAAAGCACAGAAGUGGGGUUUCUGUCAUACUUUUAGGGCAGGGUUUUCCCUUCAGCAAGUGGGGAGGGGGGGGCGCGGGGCCCGCUCACCGACGCGUGAAAUGAUGCGCGGUGACGUUGGGCAGAACUCCCGACGUCGCCAUGCCC